CAUUUGUGUUGUGCAAGACAGAGACACACACACACACAGACAAGUUUCGCUUAGAUAAGAGCCAUUUGCUGUCAUUGUGUGAGUUUUUAGAGUCACAGAGGAUACUCAGCUGAGGUGUGUGGAUUCGAGGUGAAUCUGUAAAGUUUUACAGAACCAGGCUGCCUUCCCCAUAUCUGUCUCCCCAUCUAUGGCUGCUGAUGACUACAACCCAGUCUCCCUCCGACACAAAUCCAAGAAGAAGAGCCGAGGAGGCAAUGGUACGAUGAGCAGAAGACGAGUCUCGGUCAAAGAGCUGGGUCAGCCAGACCACCAGGGCUGGCUGUACAGGAAGAAAGAGAGCAAAGGCUUCCUGGGUAUCAAAUGGAAGAAAUAUUGGUUUGUGCUGAAGAAGACAGCUCUCUACUGGUACAGCAACCAUCUGGCAGAAAAAGCCGAGGGCUACAUUGACCUCACCAACUUCAUGAUCGAUAGAGCCAUAGAGUGCAAGAAGAAACAUGCAUUUAAAGCCUGCCACCCACAAGUCAUGAUGUUUUAUUUUGCUGCGGAAAGCCACGAGGAGAUGACCGUAUGGCUGAAUAAGCUUGGCCUAGCCUCCAUUCAGUAUGAGCCAACAGAACAAAACCCUGCAGCCGAGUGUUAUAGUGAAGCCAGCGACCAUGAAGAGACUGAAAGCACGGAGAUUCCCCCUCCACCAUACUCUGAACAGACUCUGCGGGACUCUGUGGAUGCAUCUGCACCGCUUGGUAGCACACAUCAGGGUACCCUUCCUCCACCUUACUCCUCCACAGUCCCCAGCGAAGUCAACGGUUCACUCUCCUCACCCGUCAGUACGAUGACAUCGCAGGGCUCCGCCUCCUCGCUCUCCAAGCACCGGCAGUCCUGGUUGGACCUGGUCUCGCAGGCGUCUCCUGCUGCUGGGGAAACAGCAGUGGUGUGCUCAGCUCAAGUACACUCACAUCAACCUCCACAAGAGGAGACAGAAGAGGAGGAGGAAGACUCCCAGGUGUUGGAGAGCUCAGCUCCCCAGGGCUCUUCAGGAACAGGGUCUAAUGAGGAAAGCCCCGCUGCAGAGGGGGAGGCACAGAGGGGUGCUUUAGAUGCUCAAGAUGAAGGGAAUCGUGGGAAGAGCUCAGAUGAGAUGGAGACGCUGUAUAAUCAUCUAAAAGAGGCCAGCCUAUCGCCAAUAGGAGAUCGUAAACCAUCCACAAAAAGGGAAUUCAGGGCGUCCUUCAUAAAACGCUGUAAAAACCAUACCCUCAAUGAUAAACUGCACCUUAUCAGGGCACUCAACAGCACAUUAAAGUCAAAAGAAGCGGACCUACAGGCAAUAGAACAGGUGCUGUUGGACCGGGAGCUUACUUCACACAAAUUCAGAGAAUGGAAGGAGGCCAAUGCGCCCUUGGUGCAGGAAAUCUGUGUCAGAAAGGACCAGCAGGUGGCAUCAGAGGCCACAAAAGCUGCAGCAUCAGUCAGUGCUGCUCCAGUAGUGGAGACCAGUUUAUAAAGACUCCUCAUGACUGUUUUUGUACUAUGUCUGGACUCUGAGGACGUCACCCUCACAUACUUUGGAUACACACACACACAUACUGAUGUUUUCAUUUGAGACUACUUUUCCAUGACAGCGGACUCUAAGUGCUAUUCAACAACUAACUGGAUCAGUGAAGAUGAGUGUUUUUAGUUCCUAAAUGGAGAUGACGCAGACAGUAUAUGAAUAGGAGGUCACAUUAAAAUGUGAAACGUGUUUUAGUAUUACUUUUACUGUUUGUUUUUAUUAUGUAAUUCUGUGAACCUAUGCAUAAAUUGUUUUAAAAUGUGGAAUGAUGGAGUAUGUUGAAAUAAUAGAUCCAUUGUUCUCUGCAUGGAAAACACUUGUUUUUACAACAUGUUUUAUCUUUUUUGAUUUCAUCAGUAGUGAACAAAUUUUUUUAUCUGUUUUCAAUCUCUUAUUGGUGCCAUGCACCAUCACUGCCUGUUACACUUGCAUUUCACAGAACUUGUUGGAAAUGAUUUGUGCAUGUUGUUCGCCCCAGAAAUUACAUCACCACACUUAACAUUAAGACUUCCCAGACCAAAAAGAUCAAUUUCAGCAGUAGGCUGUGUGGUUUUGUGUUCUACUAAACCAAAACAAACUGUUUCAAAUGAAGAAUUCCAACCAUAAUGACAAACAACAAACAUUGACAGCAACAGAAAACUUCAUAUAUAUUUUAUUACAAAUGUGAUAAAUACUUUAUUAGUAACCAGUGUCAUUGGACUUGAGACAGGAUUUAGUACAAUCAUUUGCAUGUAAACAUAGGAUGCAUGGUAGACAAUUCUCAGGAAAAAAACUGAAAUUGGGCCAGCAAACCCAAACCCUGUACCAGUACAACAUAAGCAGAUGAGUAGGAGGUCAUACAGUUAUAUACAUCAGGCAUUACGUGACUGUGCCCAGCCACACCUCCAGAGAGCAACAAGAAGCUCAGGUCACGAGAAGGGUCCUGACAGACCUACUGGUAGUGACCCAACCAAGCUCAAGGCACAAAGAUGCAUUUUUUUUCUGAAUUCAUCUGUUGUGCGUGUUGAAUAAACUAUGCGUAAAUAGUUGUAAAUGGAUGUGUGAUGUUAAUUCUCUUUGAUCUCUUCUGGUAUGAAAGUGAGUGUGAUUGCUUGUAUAUAGGGAAAUAAAGUGUUAAAUGAUUUAA